AUGAAAAAUACGUCGGUAUUGGAUACAAGACGGCGUAAAAUACGCCUCGUGCACUUUGUUCACGUUGCAUUGGAUGUCGUCCCGGCUGAAGAUGACGGAGAGCAGCAAGAAGAGACCAAGGAACAGUUUACGUACUUGCAAUUUGCAGCCGUUCAAUCGAUCAAGCGGGUGCUAGAGCCAGAUACGAUGAUGAUGCACUACUUGGAGAUACCUCGGGGUGUCUGGUACACUCAAUGUCAACGUCAUUUGGGACUGCAUCAGGUUUUACCGCCCGUGUCAUUUGAUACCAGGCCGCUGACUCUGAACCGACAAAAAAGACGGCGGAUCAUGCAAGUUUUGAUCAUGCUACGCAUGUUGAAGAAACAUGGCGGCGUGGCAUUCUCGGACUUUAACACGUUCUUAUUGAGGAGAAUUAACGUGGAAUUGGAGGAGGAAAUGGUGGUAGCUAGUCAGAUGAGAAGCAACAGAGGGACGUUUAGAAUGGGACUGCAUAUGAUGCAAUCGCCCCCAGGACAUCCGUUCGUCGAGUAUUUAGAACGCAAAAUCGUCGAGAUGGUGGAGAACAAUGAUGUGAAAUUGCAUGAAUUGGAGUUGGACCAAGUGGUCGGACAAGUCGUGCUUGAGAAAUACCUGGAGGAGCACCACCGAGCAGAAAGUGGUGCGAAUGUGACUAAACCUCAAAGCAGCAUCAUGGAUGGCGUGGUAAUUGGCACGUCCAACUUGUUUGCGUUUGACGGACUGCAUGACUUGCUCAGUGCGAAGGUGGAGCCGUCGCUUGCUGGCAAGUUUCGGGAUGUAGCUGGAUUUCACAUCGAUACGUACGAUUUUGAAAAGAAGACAGCAGACACGGAGGAUAUUCGUACGAUUGAACGGAUGCAAGAGGAGCUCACGUUGGCAAGCGAGUGGAAAAGCUUGGAUACGCUUCUGGGUGCGGUGGUGCGGCUAGUAGUGACUGCCAACACAAGUGCUGAGUUAGAACCAGUCUUCACUUAA